AUGGCGUCCAACAACGACUCCUCACCGCCUGUGUCAACUGAAGAUGCACGUGCAGACUUGACUGCCCAGAUAGACGAUCUGCUUAACACGCUGUCGAACAAGUUUGCCGGUGUCUCCAGCGAGAUCUUUGCCAAGAUGGACGAGAUGUCGCGGCGGCUAGACAACAUCGAGGCUUCCAUUAAGAGCAAGGAGGAUGCGUCAAAAUCAUGA